AUGCUGAAAACGCGACCGACCGCGGACGCAACCGACGAGUCGCCGGUGGUUUACCGGCGUGCGGGCUCUGUCGGUACUCGGUACUCGCUACUCUCUCGUUCUUCGUACCUACUUGCCGCUUGGUUUUUGUACGCGUUAUACACGACGCACCUCGCGUUUAUGUGUAUAAUUUUUUGUUUCUCGCGUCUCGUGCAGUCGUGCUCCAUCCUGUCAGACCCUCAUGUCAGCCGGAGCAGUAACGAAUUAAACCUACGUGAUCUUGUGGUUGAUGAAGUUGUGACACUCGCCGAAAUAAACGGUAUUCCGAGUCCAUACCACGUGUUUUGGUCGGGAUCGUCCAGCCGGCCUUAA